AUGGCUUCCACUGAUAAGGGUCUCGAGGAGAUCCCAGAGGGUCAAAUCGAGUCCAACUAUGACGAGACCGUCGACUCUUUCGAUGCUAUGGAGCUCAAGCCUGAACUCCUCCGAGGUGUCUACGCCUACGGUUUCGAGCGUCCUUCAGCUAUUCAACAGCGCGCCAUCUUGCCAGUCAUCGGUGGUCGCGAUGUCAUUGCUCAAGCCCAAUCUGGAACCGGAAAGACUGCCACUUUCUCUAUCUCCGUCCUCCAGAAGCUCGACCCCACCAUCAAGCAAUGCCAGGCCUUGAUCCUUGCCCCAACCCGUGAGUUGGCUCAACAAAUCCAAAAGGUCGUUGUUGCUAUCGGAGACUUCAUGAACAUUGAGUGCCACGCCUGCAUUGGUGGUACCAGCGUUCGUGAUGACAUGAAGGCUCUCCAGGAUGGUCCCCACAUCGUUGUCGGUACCCCAGGUCGUGUGCAGGACAUGAUCCAGCGCCGAUUCUUGAAGACCGACAGCAUGAAGAUGUUCGUACUUGAUGAGGCCGAUGAGAUGCUUUCCCGUGGUUUCACUGAGCAAAUCUACGACAUCUUCCAACUCCUUCCCCAAUCUACCCAGGUCGUUCUCCUUUCCGCCACCAUGCCCCAGGAUGUCCUCGAGGUCACUACCAAGUUCAUGCGCGACCCUGUCCGUAUCUUGGUCAAGAAGGCCGAGCUUACCCUUGAAGGUAUCAAGCAAUUCUACAUCGCCGUUGAGAAGGAAGAUUGGAAGUUGGACACCCUGUCCGAUCUCUACGAGACCGUCACUAUCACACAAGCCGUUAUCUUCUGCAACACCCGCCGGAAGGUCGACUGGCUUACCGACAAGCUUACGGCCCGUGAUUUCACCGUCUCGGCCAUGCACGGUGACAUGGACCAGGGUCAGCGUGACCUGAUUAUGAAGGAGUUCCGCUCUGGUUCUUCCCGUGUCCUGAUCGCCACUGAUCUUUUGGCCCGUGGUAUUGAUGUCCAACAAGUUUCCUUGGUCAUUAACUACGAUCUCCCCGCCAACCGUGAGAACUACAUCCACAGAAUCGGUCGUGGUGGUCGUUUCGGACGUAAGGGUGUUGCCAUCAACUUCGUUACCGCCGAGGAUGUUCGCAUGAUGAGAGAAAUCGAGCAAUUUUACAGCACUCAAAUCGAGGAGAUGCCAAUGAACGUUGCCGAUCUCAUUUAA